AUGAAGGAAUUCCAGAGCGUCUGUCAAGGGAUGCUAACCGUGGAUCAGUAUGAAGCUAAAUUUGUUGAGCUGUCUCAGUACGCUCCAAGACUGGUAAAAGACCCUAAAGAUAAAGCUCGGAGGUUCAGGAAUGGCCUCCGACCAGAACUAAGGAAUCCCCUGGUGUCAUUUGACCUAAAGGAUUACAGUGAGGUUUAUGGUCGAGCCCAGCUAAUAGAGAGAAACCUGAGUGAACAGACUGCUAUGUCUGGUUCAAGGUUCAGUCCAAAUAGAGACGGCAAUCGAUUUAGGAAGAAGCCCAUGAUUGGAGGAAGGUACCAUGUCCUACCCAACAGGAAGGGUGGAGUAGUUGAGGAGCUAAAGAUUGAAGAUAUCAUAAUAGUUCAGGAGCUUCCAAACGUGUUUCCAAAAGAACUGCUAGGCCUGCCGCCAGAGAGAGAGAUAGAGUUCGUGAUCGAGUUAGCACUCAGAACAGAAACAAUCUCUAAGGCUCGUUACCGGAUGGCGUUGUCUAAGUUAAAAGAAUUAAAUGUGCAAAUGCAAGAGUUAUUGGAUAAGGGAUUCAUAUGUCAUAGUGCGUCACCUUGGAGAGCACCAGUUCUAUUCGUGAAGAAGAAAGAUGGUUCAUUGCCUCUGUGUAUCGACUAUCGUCAGCUUAAUCAGGUGACGAUCAAGAACAAGUAUUCCUUGCCAAGGAUCGAUGACUUGUUUGACUAG